AGAUGGCGCUGCGACCACCAUUCAUUCGAGGGGGAAUUCCGAAAAAGUGAAAACACGAACUUUUGCGUGGACAAUUCGAUAAGUGGAUUACGUCUAACAAGCAAGAUGAGGGAUGAACACAAACUAAUGAUUCAGAUCCUGAUGUCUAAAGGCCUCAUAGGAGAGAGGAAACUCAAAGAUAUUUAUAAAACUGUUAAAGAAAGAUGCGACGUGACGGACAAUGUAUCUCUUAAUGAGUUCAGGAAUGUCAUCAACACCAAGCUGAAGGAGGUUUCCAUGGAGAUAAGACAGAAACCCGAUGAAGAUACCGGAGAACAGAUGUAUGCCUUGGUGCAGACAAUGGAAUCAGAUUUGGGAAAGCUUACUACAGACUACCAACCUCAACAACUGGAGCUCUUCAAGAAGACGGUUGGACUGAUAAUGGGUACACCUGACGGAAAGGCAUCCUCUACAGAUAUCCUGAACCUCACAGAAGGUCUGGAGAAGAAGAUGACCAAACAAGAUGCUGAAGAGACACUCGAUCAGUUUGUCGAGGAACAAUGGCUUAAACAGAAUGAGGGCUAUGUUUGGAUGACUUGUAGGUCUAUCAUGGAGCUAGAGAGGUACCUCAGACAAACCUAUCAACCAGACCAGUGUUGGAACUGCAAAGACAUAGUCGUCAAGGGCCAGGUUUGCAGUCAAUGUGAGAUCAAGUUACAUGGAUACUGUGCAGAUAGACUGUUCAAGGAUGGUAGGAGGGCCUGUCGCAACUGUAACCAUCGCUGGGUCUGAUCCACAAAAAUGUUCCAAGAACUUGUGACUCCACCUUCGUAAAGCAAUUCCAUGGUGGCCUUCAACGUUGAGAUAUCAUCUUGCCAUUACACAGACUCUGAUCCGGAAUGCAACACAUCACAGCAAAGAAGUGACUCUAUUGGACCAUUAUACUUUUAACUCUUAUUUCGCUUUGGAUUGAAACCCAAAAAGACCACAACCUUUUUUGGAGGAUAAUAUUACACAUACACCGUAUGUGUGACAAAAGUCAACUGGAGCAGUCCACCGAUUGAUCCUUGGUCGAGCAAGGCCAGUAAAGAGUUAAACCUUGUUGUGCAUUAUUAAAGGCUUGUUGAUAUAGGACGCGGAAAACCGCUGCCAGAAAAGUUGCAUUAAAAAAACAUGUAUAAAUGAACGGCAACUGUGCUUAACAUAGCCCCUGUGAGCUUUCACUGAGCUCUGUGUUAUAACUUAUAAGAUACAGAAAUGUAAGGCAUACUACACUUUACGUCAGAAAAAUACUGCUGCAUUUUUGGCUCAUCAUGUCUAAACAAGGCUUUACAAAUCAACUGUAAUUUAUUGAGAGGCAAGCUGAGACCUGCUUAUCAAGUUACAAUGUAGAUGCCACAGUGAUUGGGAAUCUAGUCACAGAAUUGCAUAAACUUUGUGCUGG